AACUGAGGCCUAAGUUCGGGUUCUCACAGGCAGUGUUGUUGUCGGACAAAAUCAUUCCAUAUUAUCAUGAAUGAACCCUUAGCUCCAUAAUGACUCUCUCCACCAUCUCUACUAAACAGUUCAAAACAGUAAGGCUAUCCAUUUUUUUUUUUCAGGAUAAAACUGUCCGCAAUUCUGAAUGUGAUGCGAAAAUUAUAGCCCUUGAUGAAUUGACGACAAGCGGGUACUUGGUAACAAUGAAGAGAAUUAAAGCAAACCCGAAAUGUCCAAAUCCUCUUUUUGAAAAAUGGCUCGAAGAGUGGAAAGAAGAUACAGAAUCACGAGGUUCAGAGAUGCAAUAUUGUUUCUCAAAGGCUUUGUCUUCUCUAAGAAAAUGCCCCCUACGUUUAGAGACAGGCAGAGAUUGUAAAAUACUACAGUAUUUUGGUGACAAACUGUGCACUAUGUUGGACAAGAAAUUGUCUGAAUACCAAAUCAACAGCUUAGGCACAGCUGCUAAUACCGUGAACCAGGCUAACAAGUUGCAAAAUUCAAAUGAUUGUAAUGUGAAUAAUAUUGAGGAUUAUUUGGGACAUAGAUCACGUCAAACUGCGAAUAAGAGAGCAAAAAAUCUGAAUGGCCGUGAACCACAACCAGCAAAAAAAGUAAGAAACCCAAAGGACAAUGAUGGCACGGCACUGGCUAGAGACAAUGGAGUAAAAACUAAUUCUAAGAACAAUGCCUACAUACCUGCGUGGAGAUCUGGAGGCUAUGCAAUAUUGUUAACGAUUUAUGAAAAGAUGCAGAAUCCAGAUUUCAUAGGAUAUAUAAGCAAGGCUGAUCUUCAAACCGAUGCUCAACGUCAUUGUGAUCAUUCCUUAAGUAAACCAGAACCUGAUAGUCGCUAUUCCGCAUGGUCCUCUAUGUCUACUUUAAUACAAAAAGGACUCGUCGUUAAAAACAGCAACCCUGCAAAAUACCGUCUAACAGAUGCAGGAUACGCAGUAGCAGUUCAGCUGUCCGAAAUUGAUGAAGACCAUCCUGCUUUCAACAACCCAUUUCAAGGUUCAAGUGCUGAAAGAAGUGGCAAUGUUGAGAUCUCGUCACCCGUGAAAAGUUGUAGCUCUGCUAACUCAGAAGAGUACAGUCCAAAAACAAACGAGCCGGUUUAUGAGAUAAACUCUCGCUCAAAUUCUCCAAUUGAAAUCGAAAAUCGAGAAAACGAAGUUGUGUGCAGCAAAGCUGUAACCUUGGCUGAGGACUUGGACGUUUAUUCUGCGGGACAGAUAAAGGAACCAACUAAUUUACUAGACAAUGCAGAAAAAAGUAGUCAGGGAAGUGUGAGCUCAAGCUUUGAAACAGUCAUUCUUGCACCGAAUACUUUUGAUGUGAUUUUAUUAGUUGACGACCGCGAAACAGCUGGUGGUAAGGUGAGACCCAAGGACGACAUGACACUCGCAGAGUUAACGAGAUCAGAAGUCAAAUUUGAAGUUCGCAAUUUAAAGCUUGGUGAUUUUGCUUGGAUAGCAAGAUGCAAAAGCUCCGGCGAAGAGCUGAUCUUGCCCCAUAUAGUAGAGAGAAAAAGGAUGGAUGAUUUUAGUAGCAGCAUUAGGGAUGGGAGAUACCAAGAGCAAAAGUUUAGAUUGAAGAGAUCUGGUGUUGAUAAUAUAAUUUACCUAGUAGAGAAUCAUGGCAAUAAUCAACACUCCGUACUACCUUUGCAAACUCUGUUUCAAGCAGCGACUAACACAUUGAUUCAGGAUGGGUUUGCCGUGAAGUACACCAGUAGUCACAGAGAUUCAAUGUUUUACUUGGCCUCGCUGACACUGAUGCUCAAUAAAAUUUAUCAGAAAAAAACUCUUAUCGGGUGUAAGAAGGACGAUCUAACAUCUUUCAAUAUUCUCACAAACGAAACACGACUUAUGUUCUUUAAAGAUUUUAACAAAGCAGUCGCCAAAGUAAAAAAUUUCAAAUUGAAAGAGAUGUUCAUCCGACAAUUGGUUCAACUGAGAGGUAUGUCUGUUGAGAAAGCUAUGGCGAUUGUUGAGUUUUAUCCGACGCCAUGCUUGCUAAAGAAAGCCUACAAUGACGCAGGUUCUAGCGGAGAAAACUUACUAGCUACGAUACAGUUUGGAAGAACCCAACGCCAGUUGGGACCUAUGCUAAGUAGAACUUUGCACCAAUUUUACACGAAAAAAACUUUUUGAAAGACUUGGAAUAUAAGAGCUGUGGAUUUCUUGUGAAAAUUUUGACAGAAGAAGAAAGAUAUUUCAAGACUAAUUU